AACAACAUGGCCAAGAUGGGUUUUGAAAUUCAUUAUAUUAUCCAAAUACACGCAAUUUUACUCAUUAUUUAUUCACAAUCUACGGGAGAGCAUAAUGGUCCUUGUUUCAAAGAACUGCCUCCUUCUGUUGUGGAAAGGCAUCUGAAGAUAUCAAGACAUCUCCCACUGUGUCUUUUAUACAGGAGAUCAGGGGAAGGUUCUGAGCUGGAAAAUAAGCUUUGUCAGUUCUGGAAAAAGAGGGACAGGAAAAGCAGUUAUUCUCACUGGGAAGUUGGUGCAUAUGCAGCAAAUGUAGCACAUAAUCUCUUACCCCAGCUAGAACUGCCCCGGGCCUUGCCAACACUGAGAUGUCACUUGGGACAUGCACAGCCUUUUGAGUUCUCAUACAAACCCAAAUAUAAAUACUUCAAAAGAUGGUUUGAAAAGUUGGCAGAGUUUCACUCAGACCAGCUCCAGGAGGCCACAGUCUCUGCUGUGGGAGAUGUUAUCAACAAACACCAGCUGGUUGUUGUAGGGUUCUCAGAUGAAACUAGUCAUUAUGACAUGGAGAACCUGUUAUUUGAGGUUAGAAACAAGUUUGAAGGUAUCAAGGUACUAUUUGUACACCCGCACUCUUUAGAAGCCAGGUCAUUGGUUAGAAAGUGUGGGAAUCCAGAAACACCUGCUAUUGUUAUUGUCAAAAAUGAUUCAGAAUCUCUAAACCCAAAAGUCAUCAAGACCAUUUCAAUGGGCUUUUUUGCUUAUGAACAAAUUGGUCUCACCUUAAUGGCCCAGAGCACUUCUGCUAUGCAAAUAACUAAGGAAAACAUCAAACAGCAUCUUCUCCAGCCUUCCACAGCAUCCCUCCCUGCACUUGUUUUGUUCUAUGCUCCAUGGUCAAACACCUCCCUGCAAUACAUGUAUGCCUUUCAAAAAACAAUGCAGGAUUUGACUGAUUUAAAUGCUAGAAUUCAGUUUGGUCUUGUAGAUUUUAAAGAGCAACCGCAUAGAAAUAAACCCAAUUUAAUCAAGCAGACACCACUGUAUGAGAGGCCUACACCAGAUGCUAUAUCAAGAUUCCUGGAGAAAAUGAAUUUAAAGGUUCUGAUUAAUGAUAAAAUCAGAGAGAUGUACAAGCCAUAUGUUCAAUUGGAUGCUUUUCAGAUAUGUGAGCAGUUUGAGGGUCCCAUUGGAACCAUGUGUUCAUCUCUCCACCAUAACCAAACUGAGCACACACCUAGGAUAUAUAAAGUACACAAAAGGAAAAUUGUGAAGAAAAGUCUAAAAAGUAAACACAAGGUUGGCUGGGACUGGCACACUAAGUUUGGUAGUGAAACAGUUGAAAAGAAAAUGAAAAAAGUGAAUGACAUCCCAGUGGUAACAUCAGAGGUAUGGUCAGAAGUUAUAGAGAAGUCCCAUGCCCCCCUGCACCCAUAUAUCUCCGGGGAGAUGUGGAGGGGAGAGGUCACCAAGGUCACAUUGGUCAUUUUUAUUAUCGCAGACUGUAAAAGUUGCACCUCAAACAUGAAUACUUUUGCUGAAUUACAGAAAGCAGUGAAAUUCAUUGAUGGAGGUUCAGCCUAUCUUGCCAACUGCACAUCAGAUCCCUCUAUAUGUGAGCAGCAUGAGAUCACUGGUUUCCCUACCCUCGUGGCGUUUAGGGGGAUAGGCUGGCUGGCACAGGACCAGUGUGUGUCUCAUAAAUCCAGCAAGAGAGCACAGCAUGUUAGAAUGGAUUACCAUGGGGUUUUACUUGUGCCAUCUGUAAUGGAAUGGUUUUCAUCUGUCUCAACUACAGCAGUGAAGAACAAAGGUCAUGCCCAGAUGUUCCACUUUUCAAUGCCGGAAGAUGUCUACUUGGUGGGCCAACUUGCUCCAAAGAAUUCCCAGUUUUUGCCCUUCAUUCCAAAGAAACGUUCUGGCUACUUCUAUCCAUACGAGUGUUUCCGGCUAGCCUGUGAGCAGUUGUAUGGCAGAUCUGGCUGUUACACACAGUACAGCGAUGAGAUCCCACCCAGAGAGUUUGAGGAUCUGAAUCAAGAUAUGGUGGUAACAAAGGUGAUGCUGUAUCGGAAAGAUGGUGUUAAAGCAUCCAUUAUGGAGUUAGGCUACACACUCCACAGCCGUCUAGAGAAGGAGAAGAACAGUAAAAUGCACCAAUUCCAUACAUCACAUAGGUAUGAAAUUCCUCAAAGUCUGAAGUGUGAAGAAAACCACGCUGUCUGCACUGAUCUUAUUGUAUCGUACGCAGAGGAUCAUGCAAGGCUUCCGGUUACACGCAUGACCACUGCCGCUUUUCACAGUAAGAACAGUAUUGUAGCCAACACCAAUCUUCCUAUUCUUGUGGCCCUGGUAGAUGAUGAAAAUGGCAGAGAAGAUUCAAAAUUUUUAAAGUCUUUGACCAGAGCUGCCUCAGAGCUUUACCAGGACAUAGUUGUGGUGACUGUUAAUGUAAAUGAUCACUCUGCCUGGGCCAGCCACUUUGUGCCUAAAGACUACAAAGUACAGGCAAUGAAUACAGCAGGAACGCCCUCUAUGUAUGUGUACCCCAGGCUGUGUCUGAUACAAUGGCAGGACCAUCAUCAUGCAGCCUUCUAUCCUCCCCCUUCAGAUGCCGCUCGAGGUCCAACCAAGUUCACUAAAACCAAUAUUGUACAAUUUGUGCGUCAAGUCUUACGUGAUAUGAGUUCACAAAUGGUAGAGACAGAACAUUUCUGAGAUGGCAGAAUAAGAUAAGAUGGCUGGACCAUCAUCAUUAAGCUGCUCUUUUCUGUAACUUGUUAUGUAUAUCAGACAAGAAGAGAAUAUUUUUCCUUUUUUAUAUCUUGUUAAGAUUUAAAUCACAUCUGAUAGAUAAAAAACAAAACCCAAAUUGCACUUAUAUGUGCUAUUUACUAUACAUUCCAGAUCCCUUAAUGUGAUUACAUCUAUCAUUUUAUAGGAUUAUUUGCCAUUUAUUACUGUCCAGAGAUAACUCAUGCAACAGGUGAUUAUUUUGUAUUUUUCAUUCUUUAUAUUUAUUAUCUGCAAUUUAUCCUAGCAACAAUUUGAAGGAAAAAGAUUGAUACUUUUAUGAAUUGUAUUUUUAUAUAUUUGAA